UGUCCUGAGUCCCAUGUGUCCCAGCUGCUCGUUCUCCCCGCAGAGCGCCGUGCCGGGGUCACCGGCUCACGCCGGCGGAUGAUGAGAUGUAUCAGCGGACGCGGGUGAUGGUACUGGAGCCAGAGUCCCCCAACAUCAUGUUCAUCGAGGGCUACAGCACCCGCGGCUUCACCAUCAGCGGAGACGUGGUGGUGGGGCCCUGCGCCAUCCUGCCCCGCAGCAUCCUCCAGUGGAACGUUGGUUCCCACCGAGACAUCUCGCCCGAGAGUCUGUCGUUGUUCCGGCUGCUGGAGCCCCAGAUAGAGAUCCUGGUGCUGGGCACAGGGGACAGGGUGGAGCGGCUCCCCCCAGCCACGCUGAAGCAGAUGAAGGAGUGCGGGAUUGCUGUGGAGGUGCAGGACACGGCGAAUGCAUGUGCAACCUUCAACUUCCUAAUAAAUGAAAGACGCCUGGUGGCUGCUGGGCUCAUCCCCCCGCGGGGCACCUACGGGAUGUAGGCACUGCCUGCCAUGCCCAUGGUUCUUUCCCUUGCCUUCCUGAGGCCCCCAAGGGUCACUGCUUCCAACUGAGAAACGCUCCAUAGUUGAACUGUGCAGCUGCCGGCUGGGUGAUGUCUCUGCACGCAGGAGGGCUGUGAAAUACAUGGGCUUAGCUCUUCCCUGCA